AUGCUCGGGACUGCUUCAGUCCAGAGCCACCGAUGUGGCGGCGAUCGGGAGGGAUGUAGCUGGAGGGAUGUAGCUGCUUCCCGCACGUGCAAUGGCUUGCACCGCGUUGCGCCAAAGCGGGCUGCAGGGGGGAUUGAGACCAAGGCCGAGGCUGCAGGGGGGAUUGAGACCAAGGCCGAGGCUGCAGGGGGGAUUGAGACCAAGGCCGAGGCUGCAGGGGGGGUUGAGACCAAGGCCGAGGCUGCAGGGGGGGUUGAGACCAAGGCCGAGGCUGCAGGGGGGGUUGAGACCAAGGCCGAGGCUGCAGGGGGGGUUGAGACCAAGGCCGAGGCUGCAGGGGGGCUUGAGACCAAGGCCGAGGCUGCUGGGGGGAUUGAGACCAAGGCCGAGGCUGCAGGGGGGGUUGAGACCAAGGCCGAGGCUGCUGGGGGGAUUGAGACCAAGGCCGAGGCUGCAGGGGGGAUUGAGACCAAGGCCGAGGCUGCAGGGGGGAUUGAGACCAAGGCCGAGGCUGCAGGGGGGAUUGAGACCAAGGCCGAGGCUGCAGGGGGGAUUGAGACCAAGGCCGAGGCUGCAGGGGGGUGGGAGCAUGAGAUAAGGGGUGAAGCUGUAGGGAAGGAUGAAGAGCUGAGGGUGAGGCUGUUGCAUGGGGGACUGGGAUGGGGAAAGGAGGGGCGAGGCCUCAGAAGAAAAUGA